AUGACUACCAAUAGCACAUAUAGUGGUGGACGAGCGGAAAAAACUGGUACUACAUUGGAUUCAAAUCAUACAAAUUCAACUGAUGAGAACGAGAUUUAUCAUAUAUUACUGAGUUUUGCAAAUGCUAUAAAAACAGCUGCACGACCAUCACAAACACAAGUUCAACCACAUUCGAAAUCAUCCAAUUUGUUAGUUAAAUUUAGAGCUCAUUUAGAUAUCAAAGAACAUGAUGGAAAAGGCAAUUUUGAAUUUGUUCAACGAUCCGAUAAAGCUGUGUUUAAAUUACGAAAGGAUAUGAGCAAAAAAAUAUCAGUGACUUUACAUCAAAUACGUGGUGUUCCAUUGAAUAUUAAACAAUGUUUUGGGAUGUUUCUUGCUCAGGGUCGAAAUACUCGCAAGAACAAGCUGCAAUUAUUGGAUAUGGAAAUGAUGGAAAAAUCAGAUGAUGGAAAAUACACUAUACAAAGCAAUUGGGAUCCAUUAGGUCAUUAUCCAAAAGAGUUAGCUCAUCUCAAUGAAGAAACAGCCAAAAGUGAGUAA